AUGCUUGGGUCCCCGGGAGCACGGCAGGGGGAAGUAUUAGCGAGAGAGACGGGCGAGCGAGCGGGAGCGGGAGAAAGAGCCAGGCGCCUCCGCGGCUCGCUCCGAGGUGGGGGCGGGAGGAGCCGGAGGGGAGGAGGCAAGCGGAGGAGUGGGAGGAGUGGGCCGCUCGCCGGCUCCUGUGGCUCGCCGAGCGGUCGUCUGCUCGCUGCCGGCGACCCGCGGGGCGCUAUAAGUCGGCCGGAGACCCCCCCGCCCCGCCUCGACCCGCGCCCGGGCGGCCCCUCCCGCCGCGGCGCCCACGUCACGCGGGGCCCGGGCCCGCGCCCCCCGCGCGCCCGCCGGGGCGGCCCGGGGCGGGCGCUGCAGGCGCGGGAGGCGCGGGGAGGCGUGGGGAGGACGGCCGGUGCCCGCGGCCGGCCCCGGGCAGGAUCGGGCUUUGAAGCCGCACGGGGGGGCACGGGGAGUGGUUUGAGUGCCCGGGGUUCACCGCCCGCACCCCUCCCCAUCCCGGGAUCUUCUCCUUCCCCGCGACGGGGCGGAGGAGAGGUGGCGAUCCCAGGGGAGCCGCGGGCCCCGCCUGGAGGGACCGGCUUUGAGUUCAUUCUAGGAAUCGGGAGGAUCCGAGGGUCGGUCUGGGCUUUAGGAAAUUCACCUCCGGCUACCCUGCCUGCUCUCCCAGCCGGGUCUCCCGGGGAGAACCCGCCCCCCACCCCCGCCCCGAACCUCCAGGUUCUCAGGAUUCAGUCGUCUCCCCUCCGCACACCAGCCCCCUACCACGUUUUGGGGGGAUGGCUCCGGCCCCCGUUCAGGUCUUGUUUACGCCUUAUUAGUUUGUAUUAG